GUCAGAGCUCCAGGGAGGGACCUGGGUAGACAGAGAAGCCGGAAACAGCAGGCUGGGGCAGCCACUGCUUAUACUGAGGAGGAAGGACGGGAGAGGAUUUUGUGUGUGUGUGUGUGUGUGUGUGUGUGUGUGUGUGUGUCUGUGUGUCUGUGUGUCUGUGUGUGUGUGUAUUUUUUCUUUUUGGUGGUGAUGGCGGAGGGCGGGUGCUAGCAGGGCCAGCCCUGAACUCGCUGGACAGAGCUACAGACCCAUGGGGCCUGGCAGUGCCCGCUGAGAGAGGGAGAAGACAGCAGAGGGGUUACCAAGAUGAGAAGACUGAGGCACACAGAGGGAGGUUUCUUGCCCACAGUACCAAAGCCAGGUCUACAGAUGCAACCCACGUCCCCUGGCUUCUCUCAAAGAGCUUUCCCUACUGCCCGAUCUCACCUGUCUCCCCACCUCUCUGGCUGCAGCUCACUUCUUCCCAUCCUAUCACCCCUGUGUCUACAGUGAGGGGAUCCCCUUGUCUCAGAUGCCCUCCAAACAACAGGUCAUGUCUCUGUGGGGGCUGGUCUCCCAGAUGCCCCCAGAAAAACUGCAGCGGCUCUAUGUUGACUUUCCCCAUCACCUGCGGCACCUCCUGGGUGACUGGCUGGAGAACCAGCCCUGGGAGUUCCUGGUUGGCUCAGAUGUCUUCUGUCACAACAUGGCCAGCACCCUACUUUCUGCCACUAUCCAGCACCUUCAGGCCUCUGCCAGAAAGCAGGGAGAGGGGAGUGCCAUCUUGCAGCACAUCAGCACUCUGGAGAGCAUAUAUCAGAGGGACCCCCUGAAGCUGGUGGCCAUUUUCAGGCAAAUACUUCAAGGGGAGAAAAAAGCAGUUAUGGAACAGUUCCGUCACCUGCCAAUGCCCUUUCACUGGAAGCAGGAGGAACUCAAGUUUAACACGGCCCUGCAGAGGCUGCAGCACCGAGUGGGGGAAAUUCACCUUCUCCAAGAAACCCUGCAGCAGGGGACUGAGGCUGGCCAAGUGUCUCUGCACAGCUUGAUACAAACCCCUGCCCAUGGGACUGAGCCAAGUGAGGCCCUGGACUUAUUGCUGCAGGAUACUGUUGGGGAGCUGGAGGCUGUCCAGGCCCUGGUGCUGAAGAGGAUCCAGAUUUGGAAACGGCAGCAGCAGCUGGCAGGGAAUGGCGCCCCCUUUGAUGAGAGCAUGACGCUACUACAGGAGAGGUGUGAGAGCCUGGUGGACAUUUAUUCUCAGCUGCAGCAGGAGGUGGGGGCAGCUGGUGGGGAGCUUGAGCCCAAGACCCGGGCAGCACUGAUUAGCCGGCUGGAUGAAGUCCUGCAAACCCUUGUCACCAGCUCUUUCCUGGUGGAGAAGCAGCCCCCCCAGGUUCUGAAAACUCAGACCAAGUUUUCUGCUGGGGUUCGAUUCCUGCUGGGCUUACGGUUCCUGGGGGCCUCAGCCAAGCUGCCACUGGUCAGGGCUGACAUGGUGACUGAGAAGCAGGCGAGGGAGCUGAGCAUGCCCCAGGGGCCUGGGGCUGGAGCAGAAAGCACUGGGGAAAUCACCAACAACACCGUGCCCCUGGAGAUCAGUGUUUCUGGGAACUGUUGCUCUGCCCUGUUCAAGAACCUGCUUCUGAAGAAAAUCAAGCGGUGUGAACGGAAGGGCACGGAGUCUGUCACUGAGGAGAAGUGUGCUGUGCUCUUCUCCACCAGCUUCACUCUCGGCCCCAACAAACUCCCCAUCCAGCUCCAGGCCCUAUCUCUGCCACUGGUGGUCAUCGUCCAUGGCAACCAAGAUAACAAUGCCAAAGCCACCAUCUUGUGGGACAAUGCCUUCUCUGAGAUGGACCGUGUGCCCUUUGUGGUGGCUGAGCGGGUGCCCUGGGAGAAGAUGUGUGAAACUCUGAAUCUCAAGUUCAUGGCUGAGGUGGGGACCAACCAGGGGCUACUCCCAGAGCACUUCCUCUUCUUGGCCCAGAAGAUCUUCAAUGACAACAGCCUCAGCAUAGAGGCCUUCCAGCACCGCUCUGUGUCCUGGUCACAGUUCAACAAGGAAAUCCUGCUGGGUCGUGGCUUCACCUUUUGGCAGUGGUUUGAUGGUGUGCUGGACCUCACCAAACGCUGUCUCAAGAGCUACUGGUCAGAUCGGCUGAUCAUUGGCUUCAUCAGCAAACAGUAUGUCACUAGCCUCCUUCUCAACGAACCCGAUGGAACCUUCCUCCUUCGCUUCAGCGACUCAGAGAUUGGAGGCAUCACCAUUGCCCAUGUCAUCAGGAGCCAGGAUGGCUCCCCACAGAUAGAGAACAUCCAGCCAUUCUCUGCCAAAGACCUGUCCAUUCGCUCACUGGGGGACCGAAUCCGGGACCUUGCUCAGCUCAAAAACCUCUACCCCAAGAAACCCAAGGACGAGGCUUUCCGGAGCCACUACAAGCAUGAACAGAUAGGUAAGGAUGGCAGGGGUUACGUCCCAGCUACCAUCAAGAUGACUGUGGAAAGGGACCAGCCACUCCCCACCCCAGAGCCCCAAAUGCCUACCAUGGUGCCCAGUUAUGAUCUUGGAAUGGUCCCUGACUCCAUGGCCAUGCAGCUCAACCAAGAUAUGGUGCCCCAGGUGUACCCACCACACUCUCACUCCAUCCCCUCAUACCAAGCCCUCCCUCCAGAAGAAUCAGUCAAUGUGUUGCGAUCCUUCCAGGAACCUCACCUGCAGAUGCCCCCCAACCUGAGUGAGAUGAGCCUGACCUUUGACCAACCUCACCCCCAUUACUUUCCUGGUCCUAGCAGGGGCCUGCUGCCGUGCCAGCCUCAGGAGCAUGCCAUGUCCAGCCCUGAGCCCAUGCUCUGCGCGGAUGUGACCAUGGGAGAAGACAGCUGCCUGAACCAGCCUGUAGGAGGGUUCACUCAGGGCACCUGGGUUGGUGAAGACAUGUUUCCGCCCUUGCUGCCUCCCACCGAACAGGACCUCACCAAACUUCUCCUGGAGGGUCAAGGGGAAUCAGCGGGAGGGUCCUUGGGAGCCCAGCCCCUCCUGCAGCCCUCCUCCUAUGGGCAGUCUGGGAUCUCAAUGUCCCACCUGGACCUAAGGGCCAACCACAGUUGGUGAUCCCAGCAGGAGGGGGAGCUGAGAGAGACAGCUCUUCUACCCCCAUGGACUUGCUCUGGACACCUGCCCAUGCUCCUGCCAAGCAGCAGAUAGGGUGUCCUCCUAUCCCCACCUACUCCUGUCAGGAAAAGACUUUGCCAGGAGAAGGCAUAGUGGGUGGAGCCUAUCUACUCCUUCCUUCUUAUCACAUAACCCUGCCCUCUCCCUUCCAGUACCGGAAGAGAAAUUCAGGUUCCAAAGUGAGACACACCCCAGCAUGCCUGCACACGCAACACACACACACUCUCACGGCUUUCUCUGGGAGUUGGGCCUGAGCAGGAAGGAAGAUGGGCAAGAGCAGAAGUCAGGGUAUGUAGGGCUUCUCCUCCCACCCACAACCAGGACCCGGGAUGCACACACUUGCACUAGAAGCUGGGGGUGGGCUUGCAUCCCAUCCCUGGGGGAUGAGGACAGUUCAGGAGACCCUGGGUGGGAGAAGAGGGGCCUGUAUACUUGGUUAUUGAUGUGGGUUAUGCCCAGAUUAAAAACAAAUUGCAAACA